AUGUUUGAUCCCGUGGAAGAGAAGCUGAUCAUCAGCAGAGACGUGGUAGUUGAUGAAGAAGCAACAUGGGAUUGGACUGCUGAAGCAAAGAAGAAUUACACUUUUUAUCCAUUCACUAUGGAUGAAAGUGAUGAUGAACCAGAUACAGUUACACAUGUGACAAGUCCACCCAGUCACAUUGAGCCUGCCAGCCCAGAAGGAGAAUCUAGUGAAAGUCUCCGAGAAAGGCCACAGAAGUAUAGGAGACUUGAAGAAAUUUAUGAGGAAACGACAACCAUUGAAGGUGAUGAAUUGACACUCUACUGUCAUUUCAUUGAUAGUGAACCAGUGGAUGUUGAAGAAGCCAUGAAGAAUGAAAAAUGGAAGAAAGCUAUGGAUGAAGAAAUUGGAGCAAUUGAGAAGAACAAGACUUGGGAGCUUGUAUCACUUCCUGAGAACUAG